GAAAAAUGGACUUUAAUGUGUUUAGUCAUGAUAAUAGAAGUCUCUUUAAGCUGACACCUGUCGGUAAUCUAUAUAUUGUGAAGUGAAUGGCUAGUUUUAAUCAGGGUUGGGCAGUGACUCGUCAUUCGCAGUUUUUUUACGACGAAGAUGGCGGUACUGUAACCUCACUUUUUCAAAACGGCCAAGGUAUACCUGACUUGUGAAUAAACAUUUUAGUGGAAGAAAAAAAAGAAAGAAAGGAACAAAGAAUAAUGGCAAAUUGGAGCGAGCAUUAAAAAGAUCUAGGCUUCACAUUCCAUGGAUAAUUUUCCAUUUUAAGCGUACCAGGAAUAAGAACUGCAGAGACGUAAAGUGUCGUAUUCAUGUAAUUUACCUGACGUAUGAAAUUUGUUAAGUAUAGUACCUAGUAAAUUACUGUAAAAAAGAAACUACGUAAAUUACCUAGGGUAUUUUACUUACUAAUCCCUGGUUUUAAUUAAGCGAGUUUAAGGCAUUAUUCGGGAAACCACGUGUGAGGAUAAUAUAAAAAGUUGGAAAAAGAAAAGAAAAGAAAAAGUAGGUUUCCGCCUUCCAAUUGUUGUUUCCGAGAGGUCAUGUCGAGUUUACAAUGCUACGUGGCGGCGCUGAAUGAAAAUGAUAGGAGCAUCCUUGAAGGUGCAAAGAAAGUUCUAAUUACUCUCUGCGAGAAUAUAGUAAAAAAUCCUACCAUAGAAAAGUACCGUAGAGUACGUUUAAACAAUGUUACCAUCAGCGAGAAGCUGCUUCCAGCGGCCGGAGCUAUGGAGUGUCUGUUCGAAGUUGGAUUCGUAGAAAAAGAUGACCAUCUAUUACUUCCACCGAAUGCAACGCUGUCUAAAGUCGAAGAGCUAUGCCGCCUUCUAUCUACCCCCAACGUAUCGAAUAAGCCAGAGGAUAUUAAAAAUACACCCGACACAGAGAAUGUACUGCCACCCACUACUGAUCGUGGUGCAGUACCCAAAAUGCUGCUCAACGUUCAGGAACAUAAAUUUAUUCAACGAAUCCAGGGAUACUUCCGAGAUGUACUAAAAUACGAUAACCUAUCGUUGCAAAAGGAGGCAAGAUCUCUAGUACCCUUGACGGAGUUGACAUUAAAAGCAAUAAAUAAACUGAGGCUGUUCCAAAGGGAAAUUAAAUCGAGUACCAAUGGAAUUCAGCACGGAAACUGGGAAGAAAUAACACUAGACGAUUUAAUUUUUGUCGAAUUACUGCAUUGGUUUAAGGAGGAUUUCUUUACGUGGGUCGACAGUCCCCCGUGUAACAAAUGUUUAAGUAAAUGUAAUUUUGACAGGGUGGUCAAAUCGUCUCGUCGAGACGUUUCCAGAAUAGAGAUACAUAAAUGCAACGCCUGUGGAUUGGAGGUGGAAUUCCCACGUUACACGGAUCCAGCUCCAUUAUUAAAGCACCGACGUGGUCGUUGUGGAGAAUGGGCCAAUACGUUUUCUUUAAUUUGCCGUUCUCUAGGAUACGAUGUAAGACUGGUUUACGAUGAGACUGAUCACGUCUGGACAGAGGUCUGGUCAGUCUCCGCAGGAAAGUGGAUUCAUGCCGAUCCCUGUGAAAAUGUCCUUAACCGUCCGUUGAUGUACGAAAGAGGAUGGGGAAAAAAGCUGACCUACGUGAUAGCUUGUUCUCAAGAUGAGGUUCAGGAUGUCACUUGGAGAUAUACAAGAGAUCCAUCGUCAAUUUUGAAACGUAGAAAUCUUUGCUCCGAGAAUAAUUUAAUCGGACUGAUAAGACGUCUCAACGAAGAAAGGCAAAACAGUCCCGGAUACAGUGCAGCCCGAAGGAAAUUUGUUACGAAGCGAAGUCUCAUGGAACUGGUGGAGAUGUUACCACCGCCUCCUGGAAAAGUGAAACCGUUUCCAGGAGAAGACGAAGAAUUCGAAGGCAGAACAUCCGGAUCUUUAGCUUGGAGGUUAGCUCGUGGAGAGGUCCAGGAGAAGAAGCACGAAUCCCACCAAUGGGUCAUUCCAGUAGAAGCCGAUACUUUUAGGUUAACUUAUAGUACUCCGAGUGAUACUUACGAAGUAAGUGUAAAUAAUGGAACAUUACUCGAUCGUCGAACCGGAGCACUGGAAGGUACCGAUAUGUACAGUGGAGUGCAUCGGAAAGUGGAGGAGGAUUGGAGAAUGGCAUAUUUAUCUCGUUCACCAGGAGUCGACGUCGGCACAAUUAAAUGGACCAUUUUAACAACGGAUUGGAUCGCGAGUAUAAAUUCUAUUGAAUUGAAAGCCGUAACUGCAACUUUUAACGAGAACGCGAUGAUCAAGUGGACUCUUGAAUUAUAUAUCGGGGAUAAACAACUUAAUGCCCUCUCUAUCAAUGAUUCGACGGUCCUCCGGUUUACAGAGUCGGAGCACAAAGUUGAUAAAAUUAUUUUGACAGCCACCCUCUCUGGUGGACAUGGAGACCUUGCCUGGCAACAUGCCCAGCUCUUUCGCCAAGAUUUGGCUUCCAAGGAUCAUGCCAUGACGAUAACCAUUAAAAUAAAUAAAGAUUCGUAACGGCAGUAAUCCAUUUUAGGAUAAUCACAUUUUCAUCUUACACGUAUAAAUAUGACAAUAAAUCGUCUAAACAAUCUA